GUAGGCACUAGUCAGUUGUAACAUAGCACCGCGGCCGGUUCUGUCGCGCCCCCUUGAUUUAUUGCGAACUAUGUGCAUUCGAAUGAAACGAUCUGUGAUACUAUAGUGUUAAGUUUCAUGUGUUAAGUAUCAGUUAAGUGUUACUGCGAAAUACAUUUUCAGAGAGAAUUCAUAGUCAUGAUUGAAAAAAUCAAGACUCUACUCCUGUUCAUUUUAAGCGUGCCAGCUGUAACGCAAUGUAUAUCGGUUGUGGGGCCACAAAUAUUGCGACCAUUUAGUUCAUACAGUGUUGCUAUAGCGGGAGGCUCCCGGGCAUACACGCUGUAUGUGGCAGUAGAAGGAAGACGAGAGAAUGGGGAACAGUUCUCACAAGGUCGCGAGGUACAAAUACCCGCAGCAUCCGCAAGGCUAAUAGAGCUUGAAAUCGGAGACCCGGGGCCGGGUCGGUACUCGCUGGUUGCGCGGUCUACCUCAGGACCGCUAUUCUCUUCCUCCGCGCCACUGACCUACCAACCGAGAAGUUUCUGCGUCUUUAUACAGACAGACAAACGAAUCUACCAGCCCGGCGACACCAUUAACUUUAGGACUAUCGCUUUGGACAAAUACCUAUUACCACUUUCCGGCACUGCGGAUAUAAGUAUACUGGAUGCCGGUGGUUCGUCUAUAAGAGAAUGGGCCGGUCUUACUAUAGAUCGAGGGAUUAUAAGCGAAGAGCUCAUAUUAGCUGAUGAACCUACUCUAGGAGAAUGGAAGAUACAGGUAGAAGUACGUGGGCAGAAAUAUUCGAAAAAUGUACUGGUGGCGGACUACGUGCUGCCGAAGUUUAAUAUGGAAAUGAACAUACCCAAGGAGGUGCUCUUCAGCGAUGGAAGGUUCAAUAUCAACGUUACUGCUAAACAUUUCAACGGACUACCAGUCCGCGGUGAGGUAACGUUCUCUGCAUAUGCUGUAUUUUUCUCUGGCCUCCUGCAACCAGUAGUUGGUUCACCAGCUAGAAAGGUAGCUGAUAUAAACGGACAAGUAGAAGUGACCUACGACCUCAAAACGGACCUUGAUCUCGCAGAAGACGCAGCGAGGCCACUUGUAGUAGAAGCUAUCUUAGAAGAAAAAGAUACGUUGAUAAAACAGAACAUAUCCUCAAGAAUUCUACUGCUUAGAACUCCUUACAGACUGAAAGUUACGGCUCCGGAGUAUUUCAAGCCCACACUGCCUUAUAUUGUUCAGAUUGAAGUGGUAGAUACUUCGGGACAUGCAAUGGAGAUAAACGAUGAAGUAACAGUAGAGAGACUCUGGGACGAUGGUGCCCCAGUUAAUAUUACAACAUUGCCGCUUAAGAAUGGCCUUGCUACUUACACUUUAAUAUCCGAUGCUGCGCAUGUCAAUUCUACACUUAAUUUGGUGAUAAAAUACAAGGAGGUCACGGAAAGAGUAGUAAAUGUCCAAAGGAAUGAUUAUUCCGGAGGUCAGUUCCUGACUCUCGAAAUGCUAACAGCAGCGACGUCACCGGGAGGUGAAAUGCGAGCCCGGGUUACUGCCACUGAACCAAUGGAUAUCGUGCAUUACGUCGUUAUUGGACGAGGAGAAAUCCUUCUGGCUAACACUUUAGAAUUGAGUCCAGCCCGGCGUAGCGUGGAUAUCAAGGUGUCGGUAACGCCAGCCAUGACGCCGGGGUGUGUGGUGCUCGCCUGGUACCCGCGUCUCGACGCCGCCACCAGCACGGUACUGUCUGCUGCCGUGUAUGCUCCUCUGAACAACUUGCUACAACAUAAGGUGGCUCUCUCCCCCCUUUCACCGUCUGGAGCGAAUCUCAAGCCGAACAGCUUGACAGAUUUACGCGUGACCGGAGAGCCCGGAUCCCACGUCGCCAUACUCGGUGAAGACACAAACGCUGUAGUAGCUGGACUUAGUGGAACGGACGGACGCGGCAACGGACUUGACAUGUAUACGAUCGAACGAGAAGUAGAAAGCUUCAGCGGCCUAAAGCAUUCAGUAUUUAAAAACGAAGACCACCUUCCCGGAAUGGGUAUAGAUUUAGGAGGAUACACGGCAUCGGACGUAUUCAAAAACUCCGGACUUGUGAUCUUAACCGACGGCGUUAUUGUGCAAAAUAUCGACGAUAAUAUACCAUCGGAUUCUAAUGUAGAGACUGGUACGAGGGCUCCACUAGCGGGACCGUACGCUUUCAGCCGCCUCCCCCCUCCCCCCUCCCCGCGGUACUACCUCACCGUCACACCGCAACCCACUUGGGCAGCCACCAACUUUACUAUUGGUAAUGAUGGACAAGGCACGAAAGAGCGCUGGACUCCAACAUCGCCAGGAGAAUAUGUGGUAGGAGCGUUCGCCGUUCAUCCCACCCUAGGACUGGGGGUUGCCGAACCACAGAGAUUCACCACGUCCGUUCCGUUAUCCAUUACCGCGGAGCUCCCUGCAAGCUUACAGAAAGGAGAAACAGUGGCCGCAGUCGUCAUACUGAAAACGUCACUGGCCGUGGACACUUCCGUUGAAGUCACUUUCUACAACAGCGACCAAUACUUCGAAUUCGAGCCUUUGGACAACGACGUCGACUCUGCGAAAAAGAUCGAGUUGUUCCGUCGCGAGCGGGUGACGGUGCCGGCGCGCGGCUCGGUGAGCACCGCCUUCCUUGUACGCGCCGUCCGCAUCGGGGACGCUCCCAUCAUCGUCGAGGCCACCGGGAACGGGGUCUCGGACUCGCUCUUCAGGACCAUCCAUGUUAAAGAUGGAUACGAAGAGGAGGUGUGGAAGUGGAGUCUGAUCGACGCGCGGCGCGGCGUGGGUCGUGCGAAUAUAUCGCUGGAGGCUGCGGCGGGCGUGCGCGUUAGCAGUGUGUCGCUGCAGACGGCUGGCGACAUGUUGGCGAGCGCGUUACACGCCGCGCGCACGCCGCCGUCGCCCGCCGCCGACCCGCCACAAGCGGCGCGUCCUCUCGCGCUCGCGUGCGUGUUACUCGACUAUCUACAGGCUACUGGGCAGGAAGAACCAGGACUUAUACAAGAAAUGCGAGCUCUAGCAUCAAUUGGAUACCAGCGUUUGAUGGCGUAUCGUCGAGCCGAUGGAUCAUUUGCAUCAGAAACCGAUAGCGAGGCCGUAGGUGACCCGUGGAUGACAGCUGUGUCAUUACGGUGGUUGUCUCGGUGCGGGAAGUACGUGGAGGCAUCAAGCAGCGCAAGCGCGGGCGCGGCUCGGUGGCUGGCGGCCGCGCAGGAACAGGACGGCUCCUGGACUACACCCACCUCUACACCUAACGACCCUCGGGCACAGACCACCCUGCCACUCACUGCACACGCACUACUCGCUCUACAGCAAACGAAGGGCAGCGAUAGUUUGUUUAAAAACAACAUUAAUAAAGCUGUGGACUACGUGGCGCGCGGGCUGACGGCGUCGCUGGACGCGUACUCACUGGCGGUGUCGGGCGCGGCGCUCGCUGCGGCGCGACAUCAACACGCCACGCUCGCGCUACAGAUCAUGGACAAAUACACCAACACUACUGGCGGCUCGCUGUACUGGAGUCGUGGGGUGUCAGGGUCUGAAUGGCGCAACCCCUGGCUGCGAUACAAUAGCUUGGCGCUGACGACAGCCGCGUGGGGUCUCCGCUGUAUGCUAGCUGCACGACUACUGGACGAAUCCAUACCGGUCGUCAACUACCUACUGCAGUAUUCCCCAAGCGAUCCUGAUCCUGACGUUGUGGACGCUUUAGCUCAGUUUGCUGAAACAAUACGAUCAUCUUCGAAACUGCGGAUCUCAGUAAAUGUGACGGGUUCAGAAGAGACCAGACAGUUCCAGAUUGGUGAAAAUAACGCGCUCAUCAUACAGACACAAUCGAUCCGCGGCAGUAGUGCGGCGACAGCGAGCGCCAGUGCGGUGUCGGAAGGUCGUGGAGUCGCGGUGGUAGGACUGCGCGGCAUCGGCGUGUCGCGGGCGACAGCUGCGUGGCCGCGCUACACGCUCGACCCGCGGCGUGACAUGCGCUCCACGCCGUACCGGCUCCAACUCUCCAUCUGCUAUGGGUUCGUCGCUCAGAGUAACGACACAAAAAGCGGAUUUGUGUUGAUGACCGUACAACUUCCAUCCGGAUAUUUAGCCGAUAUAAACACAAUUUCUGAACUAACGUCAGCGUCACAAGUAGUGCGUGCACGUGUAACGGCGGGGGGUGCGCGGGUGGUGGGGUGGGUGCGAGCGACACGUGCGGAGACCUGCGCCACGCUGUCAGCACCGCGAGCUCUGCCCGUCGCACACCAGCGCCCCGCCUGGGUUACACUCACCGACCUCUAUGACUCCAGUCAUCGCGCCCGUGUGUUCUACGAGGCGGUUCCGAGUUCGUCGUGUGACGUAUGUAGCGCGUGGCCGUCGUGCAGCCGCGCGUGCGGUGCCGCCGCCUCGCAGCGAGCCGACCCGCCCCGCGACCCGCUCCGCAACCCCUCGCAACCAGACUCCGCGCUCCUGCUCGCGCCACAACUAGUUGCCAUACUCGCUACUGCUCUGCUUACCAUAUUAAUACAUCUGUGAUAUCACCACUAUACAGAUUAUAUAUAAAUUGUGAUAUGAUAAAAUUAAAUAAUAACGUAAGCCUUCCUUACAAAUAUUAAAGGUUAAGGACUACUAGUGCAAACUGUGCACACCUAGUUUCAUCUGAUGGUCUAUGCAGCAAUGAAUCCUACUAACGAUGAUUUUAAAAACACUGGCAUAUCCGCAUAGUGAACAGGGGAACUGUUUUCGAAAGCAAAACGAUAACGUUGUCUCGAUGUGUCGCAACAAAUUAUACUGAUCCAUUUGGCACAUCACCAUUUUGUGAACCGGCAAUUUAAAGCAAUCUCAUAUAAUUUAACAAAUACAGGGUGCGUGUUGAAAAAUAUAUCAAAUUGGUAUUUUUUCUUGUAUGAACAUACUAUAAUAACAACCUGUGUGAAAAUUAUCUAAUCCAAACUUCGAUCAUCAAUAGUUGUUGAUCGAAGAAUACAAACAUUAGAACUAAUGCACAAUGGUGUGCCAUUAAAGUACUUUCACACAUCGCAUUCCCAAUCAACAUUAUGUUUUUUUAAGUACAUGCUGUUUAAUUUAUUGUUUAAUUUAAAUGUAUCUUGGAUAAAUAAUUAUUUAUUCCCAAAUGAAUGUAUACAGAAAGCAAUACAGUUUACACCGUAAAGGUGCUUCAAAGACUGUCCCACAGACUUAAAUAACUCGAGUAGCAAAUGGAGAUUAAAACUAGAUUUUAUUUUGUUUAUCUCACAUUACUAAUUUAAUAAGAAUGGCCUAUUUUAUGCUAAGGAGGGAGUGUUUAUAUUAUAAAUAACAAAAUAAAAAACUUAAAAUGAAA